AUGGCUUCAGAUCUCGGUUUCCAUGUGGGCGACUAUGUUGUGUUUGCUGGAAUGAUCAUCUUUUCUCUUGGGAUUGGUGUGUAUUCCGCCUGUUCCGGCGGAGGACAGAAGACAACCCUGGAGUACCUGGUCGGAAAUAGACGACUGAAGAUGCUGCCGGUCGCCAUUUCUCUCGUUGUUACGUUCGAGUCGUCCAUAUUAGUCCUUGGCUACCCAGCUGAAGUUUACAUCUACGGAGGAGAUCUAAUCUGGACCAGUGUUGGGUUGAUGACAACCAUGCUGGUAGCCACACGAAUAGUGGUUCCAAUCUUCCAUCCACUAAAACUUACCAGCGUAUUUGCGUAUUUUGAACAGCGCUACAACAGCAAAGGACCCCGCAUACUGGGUACAGUCACAGGAAUGUUGUAUUACAUUGUUUACAUGGGUAUUGUGUUGUACGGACCCGCAAUUGCUCUGGAAGCCGUGACAGAUUUUCCAUUCUGGGCUUCCGUAUUCUCAGUAGCAGGGACAGCCAUCAUCUACACCUCUAUAGGUGGUCUCAGGGCGGUGGUAUGGACAGAUGUGUUCCAAUGUCUUAUCAUGACGAUAGGAAUAAUCGGCGUAAUUGUGAAGGGAGCCUUCCAAGUAGUUUCAUUGCUAAUCUGA